CGACGCUAGGCCUGUAAGUUCUAGAGCUAGAUCUAGACUAGACUAGAUCUAGAUUCUAUAACUAAUCUAUAGACGUUACUAUGGUGACAAGUAUGCAGAGAUGUAACAACCCAUUCUGGCCCCCUUCAACUUUUUUUUCAUGUUGUCAAAAAAAGAGCUUUGCCCCUUUUGGUGUGUUAUGGUGACAGCUAUGCCAGAGACCUGGGCAUACAGGUACAGAGGGUUGGUGGUGUAAACAAGAACAGUUUAACAAACAUGGAGAGCAAUGAAAGUGGUAUCUAUCCAUGUCAGCAAUGCAGAAUUGCUUUUACACAACUUUCUUAUUUGCAAGCACAUUUGAAGUACCAACAUGGCAGGGAUAUAAUUGUCAACAGGAGCUCAGAUCUCAUUGAUAAUUCUAGUCAACUUUCUUCCCAGUCAUUAAACUUUCAUCAACACCAUAUCAUUUCUACAGUAGAAAAGCCUUACAAAUGUGAACAGUGUGAUAAAUGUUUUCUUAGGCGUGGUUCAUUAAACAACCAUCUUAGAAUUCAUACAGGAGAAAAACCUUACAUAUGUGAUAAAUGUGGUAAAUGUUUUACAACAGUUACACAAUUAAAGAGACACUUAAGAAUUCAUACAGGAGAAAAACCUUACAUAUGUGAUAAAUGUGGUAAAUGUUAUACACAUUAUACCAGUUUACAAAGCCACCUAAGAAUUCAUACAGGAGAAAAGCCUUACAAAUGUGACAAAUGUCAUAAAUAUUUUGCAGAAGGUAGCUCUUUAAAAAAACAUUUUAGAUAUCAUUCAGGAGAUAAGCCAUACAAGUGUGACAAUUGUGAUAAAUGUUUUAAGGAUAAUGGACAGUUAAACAAACACUUAAGAAUUCAUACAGGAGAAAAGCCUUACAAUUGCAAUGAAUGUGGGAAAUGUUUUACCCAACACACCAAUUUACAAAGCCACCAAAGAACUCAUACAGGAGAAAAGCCUUUUAAUUGUGACAAAUGUGGUAAAUGUUUUGCAGAAGGUAGCUCUUUAAAAAAACAUCUUAGAUAUCAUUCAGGAGAAAAGCCAUACAAGUGUGACAAUUGUGGUAAGUGUUUUGCUGAAUAUGGUCUCUUAAAGAAACACUGUGGAAUUCAUACAGGAGAACUGCCUUACAAGUGUGACAAUUGUGGUAAGUGCUUUGCUGUUUAUGGUUUCUUAAAGAGACACUAUAGAAUUCAUACAGGGGAAAAGCCUCACAAGUGUGACAAAUGUGGUAAAUGUUUCACACAGCGCACAACUUUACAAGACCAUCUUAAAAUUCACAUAGGAGAAAAGCCAUACAUGUGUGACAAAUGUGGUAAAUGUUUCACAAUACAGCAUGGAUUACAGAAACACCUUAAAACUCAUGCUGAAGAAAAGCCUUACAAAUGUGACAAUUGUGGAAAAUGUUUCAAACAGCUUCCACAGUUACAAAGACACCAACAAGUUCAUACAGGAGAAAAGCCUUACAUAUGUGAGAAAUGUGGUAAAUGUUUCAGAGAAAGUAACGGAUUACAGAGCCACUUUAGAAUCCAUACAGGAGAAAAGCCUUACAUGUGUAAGACAUGUGGCAAAUGUUUUAGAGAUCGUCGACUUUUGAAAAGACACCUUAGAAUUUAUAUAGAAGAAAAACCACACGUUUCACAAGCAUAAUGAAAGUUUCACACAGACUUUAAAUUUUCAGAAUUCACAUUUAAUACAUGUAUAAAUGUUUCAUUUGAAGUAUUACAUUACAAAGCCACCUUAGUAUUAAAAAAGGAAAAAAUCCUUACAAAUGUGGUAAUAGGUGAAUGUUUUGCACUGAGAGUUGUCUGAAAGAAACUGUUUUAACCAUCAAAGAACCUACAAAUGAAAUCGGUCCUUAGAAAUUUAUUUGAGAUUUGACAUAUUUUUAGGGAUUUUAGAACUGCACUAUUCUAAGGAUGGCCUGUAUCUGUUAA